AUGACUCCAAUAUACCUCAUCGCCUUGGGGUCGGACCUGUCACCAGCAGCAGGAGCAGCGUUGGCAGGGGGGGACUUGUCGCGCCUGCUGAGGGUGCUGUGGGAGCAUCGUGACGCCAUCAUUUGCAUAGCCUGGCGGGCAUCGCCAGAGCUGCUCCUAGCGAACCAAUCGGGGCUGGACAUGCUUGCCACGUCAGCAGCUGACCUGUCUAAGGUGCCGUGGGAGAAGACCAUGGCUGACGAGGAUGCUCGCUGCACUGCUGUCGCUGCCAUGUCACAAGCCAUACAGCAGGGGUUUGCCUACCUUCCUCCAGGUGUUCGGCUUUCUUCACAAGGCCGUUUGGCCGCAUAUGAAAAAGGGGUGCUCAGCUAUCCUCAAGCUUUAGCCAUGGGGAACCAGGAGAAGCUCAUGGACCAGAUUUUCCAGCUUAAGUUCACGUCAAAGACGCUAGUCCGUCAAGCGAAGAAGUGCGAGAAGGAGGAGAAAGAGCAGAAGCUUAAGGUUAAAAAAGCCAUCGAAAAGGGCAACAUGGAAGGUGGCAAGAUUUACGCUCAAAACGCCAUUCGGAAACGCUCCGAGCAGCUGAACUACCUCCGCUUGUCCAACCGCUUAGACGCGGUUAUCGCGCGUUUGGACACGCAAGCUCGCAUGAACACCAUCACGCAUUCCAUGGGAAGCAUUGUGAAGGUCCUGGAUUCCGCGCUCGCGAGCAGCAAUCUGCAGAAGAUUUCGGAGACGAUGGACGUGUUUGAGCGGCAAUUCGUGAACAUGGAGGUGCAGUCGCAGUUCGUGGAGAACGCGAUGCACAGCAGCACGGCGCUGUCGACGCCGGAGGAGGACGUCAACAUGCUCAUGCAACAGGUGGCGGACGAACAUGGACUGGAGGUGCAGAUUGGUCUACCAGGUGCUGCCACAAGUGCUUUGCCAGCAAGGGAAGCGCAGACCAAUGCUGAGGACGACUUGACAAGGCGAUUGGCGGAACUUAAGAAUAGGUCAUAG